CAUCCUUAUCGUUUUGUAAUGAAAAAUUAAGACAUUCUGAUUGAAUAGAGAGGUUGAAAUUCGUUUAGAGAUUUGCUAAUGACAAUGUAACAAAAGAUACAUAAUUUGUGAGUCUUAAUUCUUAAUUUUUCUUAUUAAAUCUCAUAAAUGUAUGUGAAUACUGAUCAAGUAUAAGCCAUGAAGAAUAUUCAUACAUAUAGAGCUAUACAUUUUCUUAAAUGAGCUUUGAAUAAAGUUUGUGGAUGUAGUGAGCGAGUUUCGACUUCUUUCAUAACAUACGCUGCCGAUAGAAGAAAUAUAUAUGAAUAACGUGCAAGAAGUAUUUUGCAUUAAAAUGUCAACAUAUUAAAAAUAUACCGGAAUAGUUUCAUAUUUUAUUCGUUAAUAAAACGUAACGUAACCUAUUACUUAGAUAGUAUGAUUUUUACAAUGUUUACCACUGAAUUAUUUAACUUAAGAACACUAAUAUCCACACCAAAAGAAAGAAUCCUUAACAAUUUCUGGAUGUUUAAAUAUGCCAGGUUGUGCAGCAGUUGGCUGCAACAAUCGUAGUGAAAAGGGUUAUAUUAUGAAAUGUUUUCCCCGUAAUCCAAAUCUUAGAAAAAUUUGGCAAGAACGCGUUGCUAGAGCUGAUUGGGAACCAUCAAAUAAUUCAUUCCUUUGUCAUGUACACUUUCAACCUCAGGAGUGGUCUAUAACACAAAGUGGAAGAAUCAGAUUGAAAAAAAAUGCAGUUCCUUCUAUAUUUACUGUAACAUCCACCAGAAAAUCUCCUAAGAAAAGAAUUAAAAUAUUUAAUAAUACAGAGGAAAAGCAAAGUGAAUAUAAUAUAAAAUAUAUGGAAAAUGAUAUUGGGGAUUUAACUAUAGAACAUUUAGAAGAAAAAAAUUUAAAUUUUCAAAAUAUUGAGGAACCAUCUGUGCAAUCUGUUAAAACCAACUUUGAAUCCAUGAAUAGAUGCACAGAAAGAGUGGAAAAGCAAGAGGGAGGAAAAAGUACUGAAAUUGUUCUUCAGCAAGAAAAUAUCAAAAUGAUUUCAGAAGAUAAUCUUGCUGAUGCUAGUGAUCUAGCAAAGCAAGAUAAUCCUGAAGUACGCUUAAAUGAUGAUAAGAAAGAAGUUGAAUUGUCUUUGAUGGUUAAUAAGGCCGAAACUUUUCAAAUACCAACUGUUAUAGUGAAAGAAGAAAUUAAAUUAGAAGUUGUGGAUCAUGUUGAAUUUGAGGAUAGUUAUGAUGAAAUAGAAGAAAAAUUAAAACAGAUCUGUGAUGGUGGAUCUACAGAAGAUGAAAACUAUAAGAAUAAAGGAAAAAAAGCAAUGAUUAAAGACUGCAAGGAGAAUGAAAAUGAAGAAAUGAUAGAUAAAAAUCAUGAACUUAAUAAUGACGAACGUAAAGUUUCUUCACCUCCUAAUACAAAUCAUGAUUUCCCAGCCAACAACGAGGGUGGACGUGUAUUUACUCCUAAGGAAAAAAAUGUUGAAAUCAUUUUUGGAACAGAAAGUGGAGACGAAAAAUUGUCAGCAUCUCAAGUCACAUCGAAAAUUGCUAAAAUCGAUAAUAAUGCUUUGGGGUCUGAUGAAGUAAUCUCUAUGAAAAACGACAAAAAAUUGUUGAAAGACACAGAGGAGAAUGUUGAUAUAGAAGAGAAUUUUACGAAAGAUGAAGUACAUGUAAUACCAAAUAUAAGAGCAGCAAUGAAACGUAAAAGAAAAACUAGAGAGGAAAUAAUGAGAUCAAUAAAAAAAUCAAUUAGAAGUACCUCUGAUCAAGAUAUUAAUUCCUCAAGCAAUAGCGAGUUAUCUGACACUAUGGAACAGGAAACGGAAGUUAGAAAUAAAUUAUCCUUGUCCCCAGAGAGAAUAAAUGGUGGAAGUAAAGAAAAUGACACAGAAACUGGAACAGCUAAGUUUGUUAUCAAAGUAACCGGUGAUCCUGAUGAUGUAACUGAAAUUAUUGAAGAAUUAUCGUCUAAUACGAUAGGAACACAGGCGGCCCAAAAAUUUAGUACACUUUACAAGAACGAAGAAAAUAAUGCACUAGUUACAUCUGUUAUAACAGUACUGUCACCUAAAAACUCCAAAGAAAUUGUUUAUAGCGAUCUCAGUAGUCCAUUGACAAAAGAUGAUUAUGUAUCCUCGGAUAAGAAUGGAUCAGUCAUGAAUCAUUGUUCUUGUGCAAGAAAAGAGCUUGCAAAUUUAAAUUCUGUUCCUAACUCUAGAAUAUGUCAUUCUUCGUGUUUCAAGCAUACGUGUUCCGACGAGGAAGAAGGAAACCAAAUAAAGAUUAAUUCUCCACUGCAGAACUGUACGCACAAUGCUCAAACUUUAGAGAACAAUGUUGGGCGUGUUCCUUCGGAUUAUGAAGAAUUGUUAGAAAGGAUACAAAUUCAAGAGAAUGUGAUUUCAAAAUUAACUGACCAAUUGAUUAUCUAUAAAGAAUUAGAAAAUAAUAUGCGAAAUAAAAGUAUUGGACAAGAACUGCAAAGUAAAGAGUCAGAAGCUGCUAGAAUUAAUACGAGAUCGAGUAACAUACAGUCUUCGAUGCUUAGUAAAAAGAAUUUAGAAUCUAAACAAAGAUUGAUAGAAGAUUUAUCAAACAGGGUAAACUAUUUUGAGGAGAUGAAUAAGAAAUUAAUGAAGACAGUAACAUUGGAAUCUCAACAAAAGAGAAAGCUUGAGGGGCAACUUAAGCAGAAAGACAAUAGGAUUAAGGAGCUUAACUGGAAGCUAGAGAAAGCUUCAAAGUAUCUUGAAAGAGCAGAGAAAAACACAAACACGUAUAGAAGGAAAAUGUUAAAUAUGCAAACUGUAAUGAGAAGGAGGAAACUCCUAGACGAAAAAAUGAGUAAGUUUAAUGAAAUAUUAAUUGAUAGCUCUAAACAAGAGUUCUCGGGAAAAGCUUUAGCUAUGGCAGCAGAUAUUCGAAAAGUUUGUGGAAGAAAUGGUUAUGAUAAAUUACUUUCUUAUGGUUUUCCAUUACCGCCAUUACCAGCUUUACGAAAAGGAGUCCUUAACGAAAAUUUUACAGAUCAUAAUAAAAGUGAUGUGGAUGAAACACCAAAUUCUUCUACAAAGUUAAGCAUUAAAAUAGAAAAAGCACACGAUGUAAAUAACGAAUCUGAAACUGAUGAAAAAAACAUAGAACUUUCUGAUUCAGUAAUUAAAACAACUGAAUAUGAAGGUGCAGAAACUGUAACAGGAACUGUUCAAGAUAUUUUCGAUGAAAAUAAUGAUGGUGAUGAUUUUAGUACAAAUGAAUUGAGAGAACAUUUCAUUUUACAGCUAAACGCGGUUAUGUAGCCUUAAUUUUGUAAACAUACCAUUGUUCUAGCAACAAUUAUAUAUUGUAUAUACGUACAAUAUUUCAUGCUUUCAGGUUGAAUGUAAAUAUGUACAUGUACAGACAUUAUUAUAUGCGUAAUGUAAACGAUUAUAUUAAUUAGUCGGUUACAGUAUUAAAUCAUUAUUCAUAAACAGAUUUUUUUACAAUAGAUUAGGAUAACCAUAUGAAAUUCUUUUUAGUGAAAUAAAGAUUGUCGCUCAGUUCCAACUCGGCGACAAUCCUAACAUGUACAUAUAUUUUAGUACUGAAAUACGGAAAUCAAUUCGCUACAAAUUUAAGAGAAAAAAAA